AUGCAACUUGUCCUUCCUCUUAUCUUGGGCUUGGGAUGGCUCACCAAUGCUGCUGCCGCCCAUCCCCUCGGAUCCAACCCCACUGAGCUGGAAGCUCGUGCUACCUCUGGAUACCGCUCUGUCGCAUACUUUGUCAACUGGGCUAUCUAUGGCCGAAACUACCAGCCCCAAAGCCUUCCUAUUGAGGAGUUGACUCAUGUCCUGUAUGCCUUUGCCAAUGUCCACCCGGACACUGGCGAGAUCUACCUGUCAGACACGUAUGCCGAUACUGACAAACAUUACCCCACCGACUCUUGGAACGAUGUCGGCACCAAUGUUUAUGGCUGCAUCAAACAACUCUUCUUGCUCAAGCAAAAGAACCGAAACUUGAAGGUUCUCAUGUCUGUUGGAGGCUGGACCUACUCGAGCAACCUUGCCGGUCCUUUGAGCACCGAGGCAGGAAGACAGUUGUUUGCUUCGUCCGCCGUGGCCCUUGUGCAAAACCUUGGUCUUGAUGGCAUUGACAUUGAUUACGAGUACCCUGCCAACAGCAGCCAGGCUAGCGACUUUGUCAAUACUCUCAAAACUUUGCGCUCGGCUCUUGACAGCUACAGUGCAGCCAACGCGAGCGGGUAUCACUUUCUCAUCACGGUUGCUAGCCCUGCAGGACCUUCUAACUACCAGAUACUCCAACUUGCCCAGAUGGACCAGUAUCUUGACUUCUGGAACCUGAUGGCCUACGACUACGCCGGAAGCUGGGACACUAUCUCGGGCCACGACGCAAACGUCUACGCAUCCACCUCCAACCCAGCAAGUACCCCAUUCAACACGGACCAAGCUAUAAACUACUACACAUCCAACGGCGUGCCCGCAGACAAAAUUGUCUUGGGAAUGCCGCUAUACGGACGUUCCUUUGACGGAACCGACGGACCGGGCAAGAGCUUUACUGGUGUUGGAAGCGGAAGCUGGGAGAACGGCGUCUGGGAUUACAAGGCUCUUCCGCAGGCUGGUGCUACGGUCACCUACCUUGACCAGGAAGUUGCCAGCUACAGCUAUGACCCCACUCAGCGGAUCAUGAUCAGCUAUGAUACACCGCAGGUCGCUCAGAAGAAGGCGCAGUACAUCCAAUCCAAGGGCCUUGGUGGUGGUAUGUGGUGGGAGAGCAGCAGUGACAAGAAUGGCUCUGACAGCUUGAUCUCAACUGUCGUGAACACACUUGGAGGAACGGGUGCCUUGCUCCAGGGCCAGAACCAGCUCAGUUACCCUGCCUCGGAAUACGCUAACCUGAAGGCUGGUUUCCCUUCCGGUUAG